AUGCAUGAGAUCUUGACCCUUCAACUGGGACAACGGGCGAACUACUUGGCCACUCAUUUCUGGAAUCUUCAGGAAUCAUAUUUUACAUACAAUGGAGAGGAGGAAUCUCCAGUGGACCAUGAUGUUCACUUCCGACCAGGAGUUGGGGCAGAUGGGGGUGAGACCUAUACCCCUAGGACAUUGAUUUACGACCUGAAGGGUGCUUUUGGUACUCUUCGCAAGAAUAAUGCUCUGUACGAACUGGCGGAAGAUUCAACCCCUGGGCAAGGCCUCUGGGAUGGCAAGGAAAUUCUACAACGACUUGAACCCAUUCCGCAGGGCGACUACCAAAAAAGCCUAGACCAGGGAACUGCAGCACCCCAACUUUCGUCAGAGACUGUUCGGUUUUGGUCUGACUACAACCGAGUCUUUUACCAUCCGCGCUCGAUUGUUCAGCUAAACGACUUCGAGCUCAAUUCCAACAUCAUGCCGUUCGAAGAGUGGGGUCUUGGCGAAGAGCUCUUCAAUGAUCUCGACAAGGAGCACGAUCUGCUUGAUAGAGAUGUCCGGCCAUUUGCUGAAGAAUGUGAUCAGCUGCGUGCUCUGCAGAUAUUCACAGGGUCAGACGACGCUUGGGGUGGAUUUGCAGCUAGGUAUGUGGACAGACUAGUUGACGAGUAUGGGAAGAAGGCCGUCUUGGUGUGGGCAAUCGAAGAUGGCAAAAGGGUCCAUCAGAUAAAACGCGAGGUAAACAAAGCUCGGUCAUUGUUUGCCAUUUCUCCUCAAGCUACAAUGUACACACCCAUUCUGGAUCCUCCUGCUCGGCUUCCAGGUUCUGUAUUCCUCAACAGCCACUCGAAAUGGUACACAUCCGCAUUAAUCAGCAUGGCUAUGGAAAGUGUGACUCUUCCAACUCGUCUUCGGCCAUACCAACCGUUUGAGUCUCUGUUGGCGGGGGAUGACAGCAUACGUCGAAUAUUCGAACUACAGGCUUCAUUAACUUCACCAAAGGAAACAAACGACACUCCGAAGCCGGCACGCGCGAGUAAAGUGCAAUCAUCUGAGCCAGGGUCGUCAAAGGUCAAGACCAAGUUUGAUCUAGAUUUCACAUAUGAUAGCCCAGACAGUGACGAAUCACACCUAUUCAACCAGCUUCAGGUCUUGCGCGGAGACGAACCUGAGGAGGACGACACAUCGCCAGAAGGAGAUCUGGGGAUGGUGCGGAAAAUGAGACUGUACAAUUCAGAGACCAUGUUUCAUAGGCUGCAUACACCACUCCACUACCCGAUUCUUGACAGCUUCCCUAACGACCUACUCACUGUACCGACCCCAGGGCAGAAAAUCAAUGUCGUUGCCGCACUUACCUCGUCCACACGAACAGCUCAAAAGGUAAAGGGCUUGGAGGCUGUCGCAGGGCGCAUCAUUGGGGUCGAUGAGCGGGAGAAUCUUGUCAAUGGACUGGGAGAGAUCCGAGAAUCAUACGAGGCUGGUUGGAUGAGCGAUUCCGACUUUGACGAUUGA